AAAAUCAACGUCGUGCAAAAGAUCAACUUGAGGAAGAUGAGCAACCUGCAAGGACAAUUCAAGAAAGUUUGAACAUUGGUUCUCCUCCUCGACAUGGCAAUGAUUCUUUAUUUAAACCUUCUCCCAUCAGCUUUCCACUUGGAUUCAGUAUAUGAGCAGGAUGUAAUGCUGAGAUUGGCCAUGGAAGAUUUUUAAGCUGCAUGGGAGGUUUAUGGCAUCCACAAUGCUUCUGCUGCCAUGCUGAUGAUUGCCAUCUGCCAAUCACUGAUUAUGAGUUUUCCAUGUCUAGCAACGGUCCUUACCAUAAAGCUUGCUACAGGGAGAAGCAUCACCCAAAAUGUGAUGUUUGCAAGAAUUUUAUCCCUGCCAAUUCAGCUGGCCUCAUUGAGUAUAGAGUUCAUCCUUUCUGGCUACAAAAAUACUGCCCGACACAUGAGCUCGAUGGCACUCCUCGUUGUUACAGCUGCAGAAGAAUGGAGCCAAAGGAUUCAAAAUAUAUUUUGCUUGAUGAUGGUCGAAAGCUAUGUCUCGAUUGUCUAGACUCCGCAAUUAUGGAUAGUCAUGAAUGCCAACCUCUUUACCUUGAAAUACUAAAAUUUUAUAAAGGUUUAAAUAUGAAAAUGGAGCAGCAAGUUCCUAUGCUUUUGGUCGAGAGACAAGCACUUAAUAAGGCCAUGGAAGGAGAAAAGAAUGGUCAUCACCAUUUACCUGAAAGUAGAGGACUCUGCUUGUCUGAAAAGCAAACUGUCACCACAAUUUUAAGAAGACCGUGGAUUGGGGCAGAACGACGAGCCACAGACAUCAUAACCGAGCCUUAUAGACUGACUCGUCGUUGUGAAGUGACAGCCAUUCUUGUUUUGUAUGGCCUUCCUAGGUUGUUGACAGGAUCAAUCCUAGCUCAUGAGAUAAUGCAUGCAUGGUUAAGGCUUAAAGGUUAUCCCAACCUGAGUCCAGAAGUUGAAGAAGGAAUCUGCCAAGUCUUGGCUCAUCUGUGGUUAGAAUCAGAAAUCUUUUCUGGAUGCAAUAAUAUUGAUGCACCAUCUUCUUCUUCAUCGAAGAAGGGUAAACGGUCUGAAUUUGAGAAGAAACUUGGUGAGUUAUACAAACACCAGAUAGAGUCAGAUACCUCAUCAGUCUAUGGAGAUGGAUUCAGAUUAGGCAAUCAGGAAGUACUUAAGUAUGGACUUAAAAGUACCCUUGAUCAUACUUUGACAGCAAGUUUUCCAAGUUGAAAAUUGAAAAGGUUGCACAACUUUAAGUGUCCAUUUAUUAGAUAUUAUAAGAAAACUAUGUUGGUACUCAAUAAUUUAAGAUCUAUUUGUCAUAAAUUAAAGGAAGAGUUAUUUUAGUUUCA